AUGGGGUCCGCCCAACCACAAAAGAAGAAGAGCGUGAGGAUCGCCAUCGACAGGGGCGGUACCUUUACGGACUGUGUGGGCAACCUAGACGGCGAGGAUGUCGUCAUCAAGCUGCUGUCCGAGGACCCGGCCAACUACUCGGACGCGCCACUCGAGGGCAUCCGUCGCAUCAUGUCGCACUUCCUCAAGCGUGACAUCCCCCGCGGCGAGCAGCUCGACACCUCGGACAUCGAGUCCAUCCGCAUGGGCACUACCGUCGCAACCAACGCCCUGCUCGAGCGCAAGGGCGAGAAGAUCGCCCUCGUCGUCACGCGCGGCUUCCGCGAUUGCCUCGCCAUCGGCAACCAGUCCCGCCCCAAGAUCUUCGACCUCGCCAUCCGCAAGCCCGAUGUGCUGUACUCGGCCGUCGUCGAGCUCGACGAGCGCGUCACCCUCGAGGAUUACGCCGAGGACCCCUACCGCAACUUGACAAAGCCCGCCGUCAAGGCUGGCUCUCCCGAGGCUCUGACUGCCGAUCUGGUUAUGGGCCUGUCGGGCGAGGCCGUCCGCAUAUUACAGAGGCCCGAGGACCAGGCCGUGCGUCGUCAGUUGCAGGACAUCUACGACUCGGGGAUAAGGAGCAUAGCAGUCUGCCUGAUGCACGCCUACACAUUCCCGGAUCACGAGGCCCUGGUUGGCCGGAUAGCCCGCGAGAUGGGCUUCCACCACGUCUCACUCAGCUCGGAGCUGAUGCCCAUGAUCAAGCUCGUAUCACGCGCUACCUCGGUCUGCGCCGAUGCCUACCUCACCCCUGCCAUCAAGAAGUACAUCGAGGGUUUUCAGAGCGGGUUCAAGGGGGGGCUUGGCACACGCGGCGUCCGGGAAACAGAGGGCGAGCGAGGAGCUCGCUGUGAGUUCAUGCAGAGCGAUGGUGGCCUGGUCGAUGUCGACAAGUUCACAGGCCUCAAGGCUAUCCUGUCGGGCCCUGCCGGUGGCGUGGUCGGCUAUGCCAUCACGUCAUACGACGAGGCGACCAAGAUCCCCGUCAUUGGCUUUGACAUGGGUGGCACUAGCACCGACGUUUCGCGCUAUGGCGAGGGUCGAUACGACCACACUUUCGAAACCACAACGGCUGGCGUGACCAUCCAGUCGCCGCAGCUCGACAUCAACACGGUCGCGGCAGGCGGCGGCUCGCGCCUCUUUUUCAAGAACGGCCUUUUCGUCGUCGGUCCGGAGUCCGCUGGCGCCCAUCCGGGCCCUGCCUGCUACCGCAAGGGCGGCCCCGCCACCGUUACUGACGCAAACCUCUUUUUGGGUCGGCUGCUACCCGAGUUUUUCCCCAAGAUCUUUGGCAAGAACGAGGACGAGGGCCUGGACGUCGAGGCAAGCAAGAAUGUUCUGCAGGAGCUGACGGACGAGGUGAACCGGGACUCGGAGAAGCAGAUGACGGUCGACGAGGUCGCCUUCGGCUUCCUGACAGUGGCCAACGAGAGCAUGACGCGACCUAUCCGGUCCAUCACCGAGGCCAAAGGCCACGACUCGUCCAAGCACCGCCUGGCAACCUUUGGCGGCGCUGGUGGGCAGCACGCUGUCGCCAUAGCCGAGGCCUUGGGUAUCAAGCAGAUCCUUGUGCACCGCUACUCGUCCGUGCUGUCGGCGUACGGCAUGGCACUUGCCGAUGUGGUCGAUGAGAGGCAGGAGCCCGAGUCUACGGUCUGGGCCGACAAAGGCAAGGUUGUGGAGGACCUCAAAAGCAAGAUGGAGAAGCUCAAGGAAAAGUCGAGGUCAGCACUGCGAGACCAAGGCUUCGAAGACAGCGAGAUCGUGUUCGAGGAGUACCUCAACAUGCGGUACCGCGGCACCGAGUCUGCUCUCAUGAUUGUCAGGCCGUCUGCCCAAGAAGCGGGCGAUCACUUUGGCGGCGAUGACUGGGCCUUCGGCAAGGCCUUCGUCAAGCAGCACCGGUACGAGUUUGGGUUCACCCUUGACGAGCGCGACAUCAUCGUCGACGACGUGCGUGUGCGCGGCAUCGGCAAGAGCUUCAGCUACAGCGAGAAGUCGGUUGACGCGCAGCUCAAGGUGCUCAAGCGGAGCGAGCUCACGGGUAGCGCGAAGCGUCACUCGACUGCCCAGGUGUACUUUGAGGGUGGCCGGAUCGAGACGCCGAUAUACAAACUCGAGGACCUGGCUGUCGGAGACAGGCUGCCCGGCCCUGCCGUCCUCGCCGACGGGACACAGACCAUUGUGGUUGCUCCCAAGACGGCGGCCCUCAUCUUGGAUACCCAUGUCAUCAUCAACAUUGACGAGGAUAAGAAGAAGGACGACGAAGCGCAACAGGCAGGCGGCAAGCGCGAGGUGGACCCCAUCAUGCUGAGCGUUUUUGGCCAUCGUUUUAUGGCCAUCGCAGAGCAGAUGGGCCAGGCGCUGCAGAAGACGAGUGUCAGCACCAACGUCAAGGAGCGGCUCGACUUCUCAUGUGCCAUCUUCGACGCGGGUGGCGGACUUGUGGCGAACGCGCCCCAUCUGCCUGUACACUUGGGUUCCAUGAGCACCUGCGUCAAGCGGCAGGCCGAGAUAUGGAAGGGCAAACUCAAGAAGGGAGACGUGAUUGCGACGAACCACCCGUCGUACGGUGGUACUCAUCUCCCCGAUGUGACGCUCAUAAUGCCGGCUUUCAACGAGGCAGGCGACAAGAUCCUAUUUUACGCGGCCUCGCGAGCGCACCACGCAGACAUUGGAGGCAUCACGGCAGGCAGCAUGCCGCCGCACUCGCGCGAGCUGUACCAGGAGGGCGCGUCGAUCAAGAGCGAGAAGUUUGUGAGCGAGGGCAAAUUCGACGAGGAGCGCGUGAUCGAGCUGUUCUACCACGAGCCGGCGCGGCAGCCGGGCUGCAGUGGCACGCGCUGCCUGGCCGACAACAUCAACGACCUGCGGGCGCAGGUGUCGGCCAAUCAAAAGGGCAUCUCGCUGAUCGAGGGCCUGAUCCAGGAGUACGGCGAGAGCACGGUCGACUUCUACAUGGUGGAGAUCCAGAACAAUGCCGAGUACUGCGUCCGCAGGCUUCUCAAGGAGGCCAGCGCGCGCUUCGAGGGCAAGGACCUGUCGGCCGAGGACUUUAUGGAUGAGGGGAGCCCCAUCAGGCUCAAGGUCACCAUCGAUGCCGAGAAGGGCGAAGCUGUCUUUGACUUUGCCGGAACUGGACCUGAGAUCUACGGGAACGUCAACGCCCCCGAGGCCAUCACUUACAGUGCCAUCAUCUACUGCCUGAGGUGUUUGAUCUCAGAGGACAUUCCUCUCAACCAGGGAUGUUUGAAGCCUAUUCACGUCAAGAUCCCUCCAAAGUCACUUCUAUCGCCAUCUGACCGGGCGGCUGUUGUGGGAGGUAACGUGCUGACGAGCCAGCGCGUGACUGAUGUCAUCUUCAAGGCCUUCCAGGCGUGCGCCGCAAGCCAAGGAUGCUGCAACAACCUCACCUUUGGAUUCGGCGGCAACGUGGCAGGGCAGACCGAGGUCAAGGGAUUCGGCUACUACGAGACCAUCUCGGGCGGGUCUGGGGCCGGACCGACGUGGGAGGGCACCAGCGGCGUGCAUGUGCACAUGACCAACACGCGCAUCACCGACUCGGAGAUCUUUGAGCGGCGGUACCCCGUGCUGCUGCGCGAGUUCUCGAUCCGGCCGGGGUCCGGCGGCAACGGGCAGCACCGGGGCGGCGACGGCGUGAUCCGCGACAUCGAGUUCCGCAUCCCCCUGCAGGUGUCGAUCCUGAGCGAGCGCCGGGUCUACAGGCCAUAUGGCAUGGCGGGCGGCGAGCCCGCCGAGUGCGGCCUCAACCUGUGGGUGAGGAAGGUGGCCAAGACCAGCUGGGAGAAGUCGCUCAAGAAGAUCCAGGGCGGCGACGAUGCCAAGGACGAGGAUGACAAGUCGGUCGAGUACGAGGAGCGCUUCAUAAACCUCGGGGCCAAGAACAGCGCGCCGAUGCAGGCGGGCGACCGCAUCAUCGUUAACACGCCCGGCGGCGGCGGCUGGGGCCCCGUCGGGCAGGCGAGCGUCUCGAGCCGCAAGGCGGACCCGCAGGACAGCUGGCGCAGGGGUACCCACGGCGCCAGGGAGGACACGUCUCUGCAGGCGUAG